UGCUGCUGAGUCAGUCGGGCUGUGGCGCCGUUGGAAAUCCUACUUUUCCAUGACUCUUCCCGGAGUUCUCUCCUGUCAUUGGUUGGUUGGUUGGUGUGAGUAACAGCUGCCUGCAGUAUAUUUUUUUGGAAAACUGUUCCCUGGCAGGACAUGGAGGAGCUGCUGCUACAGUCAAAGAAGAAACGUGCAAACUGGAGCAAAAACAGGUUGGAUUUCCCAAAGUACCGGUCUUGUUUUAUUUGAAUAGGUGCAGCAUUUUGAAUUACUUUCAAUGACUAAUACUGGAAUCAAAUGACUUUUUGAGGAUAAGACGUAGCACCCAGAUGUCUAGGAUGCGUUUUUCUGAUGAUGCAAUGCCAAAGCACUUUUUGAAGUUAAUGCAAAAUAUCUUAGAACAAAAUCAUCCUCCUCUUUUAUUUUUGGACGUAUGGAGAUACGUACUGCUCCAAAGAGUUUUCGAGACACUGUGGAUCACUCCACUUACCUCAUGUCAAGUUACGUGUUGUGGAAGAGUGGAUGACAUCUAACUCAAACAAAGUCUAUAUUGCUGUGAGUGAAACAGGAAAUGAUUCCCACACAACAGAGGAGGGCGGGACAGGUUUUAACCAAUUAGAGCAAGGCAUGGAUGCAACACAGUUUAAACAAAGCGUGGCUGCACACGCUGAGGAGCACAGUGUCAACGUAAUAGAUUCUACAGCACCAAACAUCAAUAUUCAUGAUGACAGCAAGAGCACAUGUCAAGGUUCCCAAAUACCACAGGACCAUGAAUGUAGUUUUAGUAAUCCAAUAGAGCCAAAAAGUCAAGACAUUACACAAUCCAGCAGAGAAACGGAUGCCGUUCCACAGGUCAACGUCAAUCAGGAUCAAGAACCCAACCAAGAAGCAAUAAGAGCUGGUGAUUGGAAGGGUUCCGAUGCAAGAACCUCCGAUUCUGUUAUGUCCGCUGAGAAUGUGGCGUUUCACCUUCAGGACUCGGCUGCCCGUAGACCAUCUCACAGCAAACAUGUAGUUAUUACUAUGAUGAGGAUGAGCUCUGUUGUUGAAGAAUAUGUUGACUUCCCCGUAACAGCACAACCAGGUUUGGAGCACUCCGGGGAUCAGACUGGACAAGUUGAAGAGGAGGGGAAAGGAAAUACAGUCCCAUACUGCAAGGGACAGACCAGAAGUGUCAAUAACCCAACUGCGGUCACCUCCUUUACAACUUUGGGCAACAGUCCUCUACCUGCAGGCACUAUAACAAGAACCACUUUCUUCCCAACAUCCCCAUCUGAGAAGCAGAUCCAGUUCCCCACACUCUUUGGUGGUCUGAAGGCCCUGAGAAAAGAGGGGACAGGGCCUGAGACUGAAGCCAUGGCCCAGAACAAACCAUCACCUAUGGACUCUGGAAGGACAGCAUUCCCUGAGGCUGAUAAAAAGCAGGGUGAAUCAAAGGUUCAGGGUAGCUUCCUGAACCAAAUCUCCCUACUCCUAAGCAGGAAAAAGAGAGGAGAGGAGAAAGAGGAGAAACCUGAAGUACAGAGGAUGUCUGGUGAUCGGUCUGAGGGAAACCAUGAGGAGGUUGAAGAAAGGAACAAAGCCAAUGAAGAAUGCCCAGAGAAAGAACUGAACCUAAAAACAGAAGACCCUGCAAAUGGUUCCGAGGUGGCUGCAUUUUCAAAACCUCCGGUGUCAAGUGCAGAAACUGCCUUUGAUGCCUUCAAAGCCUUCUUUACUCCAAAACCACUGAAGAAGGAUGCAGGAGGGAAAAUGCACCCAGAGGCCCCGAGGAGGAUUAGCCAUGAUAAGGAUGGGCUGAGAAUGUUCUUUGAGAGAAAAUCCAGGAAGACAGCAGCAAACAAAGAUCCGUCAGAUGGCAAAUCUGAGGAACAAACUCCUGGCCGUCUGCACACGGUUUGGCCUCCACUGAAGGAUGAAAAACCUGGACUGAAGUAUACCGAAGCAGAGCACCAGGCUGAUCUUCUGCAUCUGAAAAGACAAUGCAAGGAUGAGGUGGAGAAGCUCCGCGAGGAUUAUGGUCAAGAAGUGGCCAGACUGAGGGUGGAACACGAGGAGACUGUCAGCCACCUAGAGUCCAUCCUAGGUGAGCUACAGACCAAGCUCCACCAGGUCCGCACGCAGUGCCGAGUAGACCGCCAGGAUGUUGGUGUGUCAGCGGGAAAUGAGUGUUUACACAAAAGCCUCCACACUGUUGCCAUUCAGACUGAUCGAGAGACCUUUGCUCAGGAUGUGGAGGAGACACAAAGUCCUCAACCGCAAAAGAUCACCCCUAAAAAACUGGACCUGGCUUCCAUCAGGCUCAGCCUGACUGCUCAGAGGGACAACACAUCGCUGUCCUCCUCACUGCCCCAUAAGCCCUCUCCUCUUCCUGGAGACCACCCGUGUCCUCCUCAGACCACAUCACCUAGGAAAACAGACUCUUUGUCCCCUCCGCCGCCGCCACCACCGCCACCGCCAGCCCUAAACCACAUGCAGUCAUUAACUGGCUCCUCAGGUCCACCUCCACCACUUCCAGGCUUUGCUCCUCCACCACUUCCAGGCUUUGCUCCUCCACCACUUCCAGGCUUUGCUCCUCCACCUCCACCUCCUCCAGGCUUCGCUCCUCCACCUCCAGCCCCUCCAGGCUUCACUCCUCCACCUCCUCCUCUUCCGGCCCCUCCAGGCUUCACUCCUCCACCUCCUCCUCUUCCGGCUGGGGGACUUGCGAUGGAUAUUCCCAGGAAACAGGUGGUGGAGCCAUCCCGACCUAUGAAGCCUCUUUACUGGACCAGAAUCCAGAUUCAGGACAAAAACAAUAAAACACUGUGGAGCUUUUUAGAGGAACCAAAUAUAAUUAACACCAGCGACUUUGAGGAUCUCUUCGCCAAAGCCACCACGCAUACAAAGUCGAAACCUCUGUCAGACAAGUUUGAUAAGAAAGUCAAAGCCAAGAAGAUCAUCAAACUGCUGGAUGGGAAGCGAUCACAGGCUGUGGGCAUCCUCAUAUCGAGCCUUCACCUAGACAUGAAAGACAUACAGCAAGCCGUGCUGACACUGGACCAUUCUGUGGUGGACCUGGAGACUAUUGAAGUACUGUUUGAAAACAGAGCUCAGCCAGAAGAACUGAAAUUGAUCAAGAACCACUAUGAGAGCUCGGAGGGAGACGUCAAACAGCUGGACAAACCUGAACAGUUCUUGUACGAGCUCUCACAGAUCCAUGACUUUGCAGGCAGAGCUCACUGUAUCAUCUUCCGGUCAACUUUCACUGAAGGCAUCACCUCCAUCAAACACAAGCUCCAUACAGUCUCCUCUGUGUGUACGGCUCUACUGGAGGCGACCACAGUCAGGGAAGUGAUGGGACUGGUUUUGGCUCUGGGGAACCACAUGAACGGAGGCAGCAGGAUCAGAGGCCAGGCCGACGGCUUUGGCCUGGAAAUCCUUCCCAAACUCAAGGAUGUCAAAAGCAGAGACAAUCGGAUCAGCCUGUUGGAUUAUUUGGUGUCAUACUACCUGCACAAUGUGGACAAGGUCAUAACUGUUUAA